CAACGUCGAUUGCUCAAGAUCAGAAACCGACCGAAAUGAAAUUAAACGGGACGGACAUCACCGCAGCCGAUCGUUUGUCCUGAAAACAAUUCCGUAGAGUGAAAAAGUACCGCGUUUCAUUCAUGAAACAUGUCUGCAUUGUCAGGCAACAAAGCAGCGGUGCCUGCAGCUCGCUGCUUGUUGUUUUCAUGACACUUUGAAACCUUACAUUAGAGCUGAGGGAGAUCUGAUGCCGCUAACUGACAGGAUUUAGUUGCGUUCAGACGGAGAAAACGGGCUGAGCAUGGCUUCGGUGAACUGCUUCGCUGGUCCUGAGGAGCUUGAGGACACAAAUCACGCUUUGAGUUUGAUGAGAGAGCUGAAAUUAUUCUACGACUCGCAGCUGUUAGUCGACGUGACUAUCGAAGUGGAGCUCGAUCCGGAUCAAAGUGUUUCCUCAGGCUGCUCAGGAAAAGUUUUCCAGUGCAACCGAAAUAUACUGGCGGCAGCGAGCCCUUAUUUCAAGAGCAUGUUUACAGGAGGACUGUAUGAGAGCACUCAGAGGAGCGUCACCAUUCAUGAUGUGGACGCCCAUUCAAUGGCUGUCAUAAUCGAUUACUGCUACACUGGCAAAGUGACAAUCACUGAAGGCAACGUGCAAAGGCUUUAUGCAGCUGCCAACAUGCUGCAGCUGGAGUACAUCCGGCAAGCGUGUGCUAACUUCAUGACAAGAAGGCUGGAUCUUUCUAACUGUGCAGGGAUUUUGAAGUUUGCCGACACUUUUGACAAUCUGGAGUUGAAGAGCAAGGCUCAGGCGUUCAUCGGGAAGAACUUCGUCCAGCUCAGUGCCAGCGUGCGAGAGCUUUGUGAGCUGGACCUGAAGCAGAUUAAAGAGAUCCUCACAUUGGAUUCUCUGGACGUGGACUGCGAACGCAAAGUGUGUUCGUUUGCAAUUCAGUGGAUUGAGAAUAAUCCGCAUGCGGACACUGAAGAUGCGCUGGAGGUCCUUAGAUGCGUGCGAUGGUCUUUAUUUUCAGAGAAAGACAGGGUUUAUCUAGAAAGCCUUAAAUCUAAGCCUUUUAUAAAGAAAUAUCUUUCGAAGGUCCUAGACGGUGCCGGCGAUGAGCCGAGCGCUAUGAUUUCAAUGAGCGUACAUGCUGCCAAACAAAGAAUCGGCAAGAGUGCAAAAGAAAUGGUGCUUUUCUUCGGCCGGCCAAAUGAGCCUUUCAUGUGCUAUGAUCCCUAUACGGACGACAUCUAUUCUAUGGCGUCCCCGGUCAUUAACCUCAUCAAUCAGAACUUCAAACGCUCUCCUAUGGAGACGUUUUUGGUCUGCACCACGCCAGAGAACAAUCUGUAUCUCGCCUCGCACCUGUCCAAGCACUUCUGGGUCUACAAUCCUCUGUUAAAUUGUUGGCAUGAGCUUGCGGAAAGACUUCUUGGAAGAGUGCACUCCUACAUGGGCUACCUCAGUGGGCAUCUGUACAUUGUGGGAGGCAGAGAUCCGGUAUCGGAUGCCAGGCUCAAGGAAGUAGAAUGCUACAGCAUUCAGAGGAACCAAUGGGGUUUUGUGGCCCCUUUGCCACAUUCUUUGGGAAAGAUGCAGGUUGUGACGAUAAACGAGCGGCUUUAUGUGGUGAACAAGAGAAGGAUGCUGAGCUACGAGCCGAAGAAAAACCUCUGGCUACAACGGGGCUCUCUGAAACGCAGUAAACUCCACAAAGCUUGUGUUUUUCAGGAGCAGAUUAUAUGUUUGUGCGAUAUCCCCGUAGUUAAAGCCUAUAACCCAGCUCGUGGAGAAUGGAGGCGGAUUGGAGACAUUCCCAUUGACAGCAGCGCUCUCAACUACCAAGUUGUACAACACAACAGCAAACUGCUUCUUCUAACUAUUGCAAUAGUCCAUCACAAUAAGAACAGGCUUGUUAUACAUGAAUACGAUCCCACUCGAGACUCAUGGAAAAAUGUGGCCACCAUGUUUGGAUCGUCCUUCGGAUGCAUAAGCCUCUCCACCCGGGUUUAUACCGCGUGCUUGGGGUCCGGUCAGAAUUUCAUCUCGGAAGAGGAUGAUGACAGCGGCUCCAGCGCUGACUGGGACUUCGAUGGAUUGACUGACGCAGACUCGGACUCUGGCAGCUCAAGCUCAUUUUCAGAUGAAAAUUGGUAGUCGAUGUCAAAUGUGGAACUGAGCAUAAUAGAGCCAAAUGUGACCCUGGAGCACAAAGUCAUAAGUAGCACAGGUUUAUUUGUAGCAAUAGCCAACAAUACAUUGUAUGGGUCAAAAUUAUCGAUUUUUAUUUUAUGCCAAAAAUCAUUAUGAUAUUAAGUAAAAAUCAUAUUUUGUAAAUUUCCUACCAUAAAUAUAUCAAAACUUAAUUUUUUUUAUUAGUAAUAUGCAUUGCUAAGAACUUCAUUUGGACUUUGAAGGCAAUUUUAUCAAUAUUUAUAUUUUUUUGCACCCUCAGAUUCCAGAUUUUCAAAUAGUUGUAUCUCGGCCAAAUAUCGUCCUUUCAUAACAAACCAUAAAUCAGUGAUGUAUAAAUUUCAUUUAAGAAAAAAAAAAGACCCUUAUGACUGGUUUUGUGGUCCAGGGUCACAAAUGUGAAUAUGCUGCAAAGUAUUUUGAGAUCUAGGUGUUGAAAGUAUUAGCCUGUUUCGAUGUGGCUCAUGCCACAGCAGCCAGGGUAGAACCUACUUGAAAUUUAUGCUGUUAUGAGUAUUAUUAAACAAAUGCUUACCUUUAUGAUAUAUGGCCAGUAAAUGAUACCUUGUCUCAGGAUUAUAAAUUGGUACAAAGAAUUGUUAGUAUUUUGACUCUGCCAGUCUUUGAAGAUCAUAAAUAAAGAACAGUAUUACGCUGGAAUGUUGAACAGGGUACAAUGGUGCUAACAGCCCCUCUUAAAGAAAAUGUGUUUAUGUCUGGUCUCAAAGUGUAUAAUGAUCAGAAAGAAAAAAAAUGUUAUUUAAUAUUGAUGGGGGAAUUGAAUUAAUUUGAAAAUCCAUGAUAAAUGAGGUUUCAAAUAUAAAGGCCUCAUUGGUUGAGGUGAUAUGGGGCAACAUUUUAAUACACUUUUGAUAUAGCAAGAUAACUUUUAGAUACAUUAUUAAAAUAAACGGAUGGAGCAUUUACUGUUUAUUCCAAACAUCUUGGGGCAUUUCAUGACCUCUCAAGUUUGCUAUAAAUAGUAGCCUACACCUUAUUAUUCUGCUAACAGUAAAUAUACGUCUUUGAGCAAUCAGCCCUGUUGUACCCUACCUCGUUUUACCAAUUUUCUGUGUUUGUUGCUUAUUUUCGUUGUUUAAAUGUUAUAGUUGUCUGUUAAAUUAUCACGUUUAUGUAAUCUUAUUUAAAGGGUUGGUACUGUUAAUAAAGUCCGUUUAUACUUUAUAUAAAUUAUUUUAUGCACUACAUUUUAUU